AUGAGAAAGGUGCCAGAAUCGAAAAAUAAGACCAAAAAGAGAACGUCUCCGGUUGACAAUGCUGUAUCAUCAACGCAAACCCGAGCAGGUGUACAACCACACCGACAAGAUAAAUCAGCGACCAUUGAAGAAAUUCAGGAAAACGAGUACCACACGAUUGGCGCAUCAGAUUAUGACACUACUUUUAGCAUCAAACAAAAGCUUGAGGGAGAUUAUGACACCGCCGGAGGACAGGAAAUCGAUCGAGAUCUGAGUGAAAAUGACAGUAUUGCUGGUCCUACACUCGCAAACGAGGAGAAUAGUUGCCUAGCGUUCCCGGAGAUUCCAACUCCCCACCACCCGGGGCAGGACCUUAUCGACCUUGCCUUGCAGACUCAGGCUGAUUUGAAGGGAGAGGGCAGGAUCGUGGGAGGUGAUGACGCCUAUAUCAAUAACUACCCAUGGCAGGCCUCGCUGAGGUCUUAUGGACAACACAUCUGUGGUGCCGUUAUACUUAGUGAGGACUUUGUUCUCACGGCAGCUCACUGCGUUGGAAAUAGCGCGAGUACGUACUCGAUCCGUGUAGGCAGUUCCAGUCGCGUCUCUGGAGGUUCCACACACUCCGUAUCCAAUGUGUUGCAGCACGAAAACUUCCAAAAUUCGCCAAACACUGGCGAAGGCGCCUUUCCAAAUGAUAUUGCCAUCAUGAAGUUAAGUUCUUCAAUUUCGUUCAACUCAAACAAACAACCGAUAAGUUUGACAUCCGCUACUAACGCCCAACUAGCAGGCUACAAUGAAGAGGACUGUGUGAUUACAGGAUGGGGUAGAACAAGCAGCGAUAGUGAUUUACCCACUCAGCUACAGAGGACCAACGUUAAGGUACUGACUGAUGCCGUUUGCACACCAUAUAUUGGUUCCAAUUACCUGAACGGAGACAUACAUAUUUGUCUGGACGGCGCAGGAGCCUCAGGAAGCUGCAAUGGUGACAGUGGAGGUCCUUUGGCGUGUAGAGUCGGUAAUGAAUUUGAACUUGCUGGUGUGACGUCAUUUGGACUGGUAGGCUGUCCGACGAACUCUCCUUCAGUAUACGCCGAGACGUACGCCUUCAGGACCUGGGUCCAAAACGCCAUGAAAAGCAUGUAAUCUUAGUUGUAAUCAUGUUAUUUCAACAGUAAAGAUAUAU